AUCUACUUUCACAUUCAGAGACGGCAUGUUACUCCAUGAAACCGUCAUUUAACAGUUUACCGUCGAGAUGUCCAUCUUCUGGUGUAGAUAUGUACCUCAUUUUUCAAAGACUUUGAAGGAAUCACAGUUAUUCCAAAGGAGUCUAGAAGGGCUAAAAUGUUUCAUAGAAGCUCCAAAGGUUUACAACCAUUCCACAACAUUACGUAAUAGACGACAAAUGAGAGAAAUAGACAUUAAAAUGCCUUCAAAGUUUGUGAGGGAAAUAGAGAGAGAAGUGUUGAAGGUGAGGACAAACAUCCCGGCAGUCAAUGAACAUGUGAUCGCCUUUAUUAUGAGAGGGCUUCCCGCUCUAUCAUUGAAGACUGGUUGUGGAUACAGUGUAAGCACAAAGGAGGACAAAAUAUGUUUAUAUGUACAUUCCAUUGAAAAAGAAAGGGCUGAAAAUGCACUAGGGCCUGUAAGAGAAUGGCUCGAAACAACAAUAAAAACUGGUGUUCAGGUACACUCUUUCAAGCGGAAAUUGGUAAUACCAUUUGAGAGAAACUCUCCAUCUUUUAUAAUGAUUCAAGCCUUAGUGGCUGAUGGUCAUUACAAAAUCAGAGCCAUAGAAGAUAAAACUAAUACUCGAAUAUCAUUCUCAGCUCGGGGAGUCAAACCAAAACAAAUGACUGUCUAUGCACAUUCUGAGCAUGAAGUAGAAGAAGGUUAUAAACUUCUUUACCAAUUAGUCAUGCAAACUUUUAAGCAUUUGAGAAGUUAUUCAAAAGGAAAACUGUUGGUUCCGGAGAAUUUGCCAAAGGAUUUUGAUAUAUUUUCUUUCUUGGAACAAAUACCUUUAGUGUUGGAUAAAAAGUAUGGAGAUAAUAAACCCAUAGUAUCCCUUUGUUGGAACCAGGAUAGAACCUCUGAAGAGGAAAUUUAUGCAUAUUAUGACAUCAGAUCCAAAUGUCAACAUUCGGUGGAAGAUGUUAAAGGCCUGUUGAUUCAGCUGAUACAACAAGAAGUAGAGCAGUAUCAUAGACAAGCACAUGAAAUGGUUGUAUUUCCCCCAAGCAGUACUUAUGUUAAAUUUUCAAAUGUGAUGAACACCUCUGGACUCUCUCUGCUUCGUUCUUGGAUUGAGAAAGAUGAUUCUCUCAAAAACAUAAGACUGCAUUUUAAAGGAGACGAGGAAAGAAAAUUGGAGUUUAAGUUUCAAAAAACACAUAGUAAAAUUCACGUAAGAGGAGACAGUGAAGCAGAUGUACAGAAAGUUGUACAGGAAAUCAACAGGUUGAUCACAAACUAUACAGAUGUAUUCAUGCAUUGACUGAAUACAGUGAAGGCAUGGUCUAUCAUAGUGCUUGCUGUCAGAACAUUCCUUGAUGCUAAACAACAUGACAAUUUAAUACAUGGUAUACGAUCCUAAAAUGAGUGUAAGAAUUCACCAAUGUGAACUUUCUUCAUAGUUAAUCUUAGUACAUAUGGUCAGUAAAAACAAUAUGAGUUGAUCAGAAUUAAAUUGAUCAUCUUCUCAAUCCAAGGUUUUACAAUCUGCUCCUCCCCUGUUCAACUCUGUGAGGAUUUAGUAAAAGUUUCAUGUCAUCAGCUAUUUAUAUUUGAUCUGACACUGACUAACCAUUGCAUCCAAUCAAAAAGUGUUUUACCUCAGGCACGUAGCAUUGUUUUUGAAAGUGGGGGUCAAGUAUACCUUUAACUUCAAUUUCAUUGUUUAUUUCCUUAUUUCCAAUCCCAAAAAAGGGGUGAGGGCAACUCCAUCUUAAUUCUUUUUUUUGUACGUAAAUUUCAGAAAAAUCUUUUUUGUGCAAUAAAGUGAUGCUACGUGCCUGUACCUUCGACCAAGUGCAAGAAGGGUGAAUGUGUAAACAAUGUGUAAUUGAAACGGAUGUGAUUUCAUUUAUUAAUAUCUGGUAGUAAGCCCUUAUCAAAGGCUAUGAAACUUGUACCAAAUCUGCCAGGUUUGGAGAUGAUAAGAGCAGAUCGUUAAAUUACUGGCUAGUGAAGAUGAUCAGUGAUUUAUUGACAAUUUUUUAUUAACAUUUUAAAAUUAUUGUACACCCUGA